AUGAGUUAUUUGAUUGUCGGACUAGAACUAAGAUUAGUAUAUCCGUUUGUUCCCAAUCCAUGGUCACAAGUGGCAACCAGUGCAAGUAGUCAACCAAGUGGUCACCCAAGUACUCAACCAAGCGGUCAACCAAGUAGUCAGCCAAGUGGUCGCCCAAGUAUUCAACCAAGUGGUAAACCAAGUGGUAGUGGUAACCAAAGAUAUAGACAAUCACGAGGUGGCAGUGGUCGCAAUAAAAACCAAUUCACAGGAAGCAGCGGUACUCAGAYCAGUGCUAGCGGUAAAUCAAGUACUCAAUCAACUGGUCAACCCAGUGGUCCCAGCGGUAACCAAAGUGGUCAAUACAAACAAUCUAGAGGUGGCAGUGGUCCCAAUAAAAACCAAUUCACUGGACGCAGCGGUUUACAACAAGGCAACAGYAGUGGUGGUGGUGGUGGUGGUAGUGCUAACCAAACACGAGGCCAAUCCAGACAAUCUCAAGGUAGCCGAGCCGGUACCAGCAGAUACCAGACCACAUAUGGUCAACAAACUGGUGGCUCUCGAACUGCUGGUCAACAACAACAACGACAACAACGACAACAACGACAACAACAUCAUAAUCCUCCUCCACCUCCUGUUAGUCCAAUAGUAGAUUCCCAAGGGUUUACAGUUGUGGAAAAUCGGAAGAAAAAGAAAGAACGUCAGUAUGGAAGUGAUGGCGGCUGUUCCGACACAAACAAACCCAGAGAUCCUGGAGAUGGUAGGKGUGGUGGUGGUAGAGGUGGUGCUGGUGGUAUAGGUAGUGGUGGUACUUGUGGUGGUAGAUCUAAAUCAAAAUACAAUUGA